AUGGCUUCCAAGCGAUUCGUUGUUGACGUCCAUACGCAUCUUUAUCUUCCAAGAUACGCGUCGUUGUUGAGGAAGCGGACAGAUCUACCUAAAAUCAUCACCCGGACUCGUGAUGAUGGCCAGAAAGAGGAGAGACUUGUUAUUCUCAAAGAUGAACCCAGUGGGGGAAGGCCUGUGGGCCCAAGCUAUGUCGAGAGGGAUGAAAAGCUCAAAUUCAUGAAGAACCAUGGAAUUGACAUAUCUAUUGUCAGUACUGCAAACCCAUGGCUCGAUUUUCUUUCUACGAAAGAGGCUCAUGAGCUAGCCCUCCAGCUUAACGAUGACCUCGAAGAAUACUGCUCGUCUGGUCCAACAGUGCCGGGGACUUCAAUGAGGCAGUUGUAUGGCUUCGGACUGAUCCCGAUAGUUCCCAAUAUCAGUACCAAAUCUCUACUCGAAGCCGUGAGGCAAAUCUCCGCUUCUUCAUGCCUGAAGGGUCUCAUAAUGGGCACUCGUGGAGUAGGCAAGGGUCUAGACGACGAAGCACUCGAUCCAGUAUGGUCAGCCAUUUCGGAAGCUGGACUCACUGUGUUUUUGCAUCCGCAUUAUGGCAUCCCCCAGGAAACCUGGGGCGGGAAGAAUAAUGGACAUGUUCUCCCACUUGCUCUCGGAUUCCCGAUGGAAACUACUAUCGCAACGACACGUUUAAUCUUGUCGGGAGUCUUGGACAGAUUUCCUUCUCUUCGAUUGCUCCUUGCACACUCUGGUGGUGCAUUACCUCAGCUAUCGUCUCGAUUAGCAUCAUGUAUAGACCAUGAUCCCAUCGUGGCUUCUAGAUUGAAGCACGACGCUCGUUUCUACCUUGGAAAACUAUACCUUGAUGCGGUAUGCUAUGGGCCAGAAGAACUUGGUUUCGUGAGUGAUGUACUUGCUCGCUCGAACCGCUACGAGACCGGUAGCAAAAACAUUGUGCCUGGCAGUCGAAGUGUAGGAAGUGGACGAAUGCUUUUUGGUACGGAUCACCCGUUUUUUCCUCCGCUGUCGUCCUCGGAGAAGUGGAAAAGUGUAGUCGAGAAUUUGGAUGCGAUUGAUAAUGUUCAAGGUUGGACAAAAGCACACAAGGACGGUGUAAAGGGGGGCAAUGCUAUUUCCUUGUUCAACUUAUGA